UUCUGGGUGUGGAGCUCCGUGUGAAGGUAGAAGGUGUGUGUGAGCUGAUGUGAAUCCAGCAGCAUGGAUCAGUGUGAGGACAGAGAGGAGGGAGUCCUUCCCUCCAAAACCUCCCAGAGGGGAAAAAAAAGAGUUGGAGAGAGUCGGAGAGAAGAAAAGAGGAGACGACCUGGACCUGAACCUGGACCUGAACCUGAACCUGAACCUGAACCUGAACCUGAACCUGGACCUGAACCUGAACCUGGACCUGAACCUGAACCUGGACCUGGACCUGGACCUGGACCUGGUCCCAGCUGUGUUUCCUUGAAGAGUGACAGAUCAAAGGAAAUACUUAUUUAUUUUAAAGAUACCCAACGUUCUCCCUCAGUGAGGAGACGACCUGGACCUGGACCUGGUCCUGGACCUGGACCUGGACCUGGACCUGGACCUGGACCGGGACCUGGACCUGGACCUAGUUCCAGCUGUUUGUCCUUGAAGAGUGAUGCAUCAAAGGAAUUUUUCAUCGGUUUUAAAGAUGCUCCUGGUUUUCCUUCAGAGAGAGUGGACCAGCAGAUCUCAGAGUCCCCCAGUGGUCCGUCUGUCCAGCAGCAUCAGACCCAGCUGGACUCCGUCUUUCAGCUGCUGGAGGACGACAUCGUCAUGUUUGUGAAGGAUGAGCUGAAGAAGAUCCAGAAGUUUCUGAGUCCAGAUUACCCAGAAUCCUCAGAGAGUCUAGAGGACGAUGAAGAUGAAGAGCAGAAGAGCAUCAGAGAGACAUUCAUGAAGAUCACAGUGAAGUUCUUGAGGAGGAGGAAGCAGGAGAAGCUGGCUGACCUCCUGCAGAGCAAUACCAUCGCUGCCGUUUGUCAAUCCAAACUCAAAGUUCAGCUGCAGAAGAAGCACCAGCAUGUGUCUGAGGGGAUCAUUAAAGCAGGAAAGACAACCCUUCUGGAGCAGAUCUACACGGAGCUCUACAUCACAGAGGGAGGGACCGGAGACGUCAACGAUGAACAUGAAGUCAGACAGAUUGAAGCAGCUUCCAGGAAACCAGACGGAGCAGAAACAGCCAUCAGACAAGAAGACAUCUUUAAACCCCCACCUGGAAGAGGAGGACCAAUCAGAACGGUGAUGACGAAGGGAGUGGCCGGCAUCGGGAAAACAGUCCUAACACAGAAGUUCAGUCUGGACUGGGCUGAAGGCAGAACCAACCAGGACAUCAAGUUCCUGCUUCCAUUCACCUUCAGAGAGCUGAAUGUGCUGAGAGAGGAGAAGUUCAGCUUGGUGGAACUAGUUCAUCGAUUCUUCUCUGAAACCAGAGGAAUCUGCAGCUUUGAAGAGUUCCAGGUCGCGUUCAUCUUUGACGGUCUGGAUGAGAGUCGACUUCCUCUGGACUUCCACAACGCUACAAUCGUCAGUGACCCCAGAAGGUCCACCUCAGUGGACGUGCUGCUGACAAACCUCAUCAGGGGGAACCUGCUUCCUUCUGCUCGUCUCUGGAUCACCACACGACCCGCAGCAGCCAAUCAGAUCCCUCCUUACUGUAUUGACAUGGUGACAGAAGUCAGAGGGUUCACUGACCCACAGAAAGAUGAAUACUUCAGGAAGAGGUUCAGAGAUAAGAAGCAGACCAGCAGGAUCAUCUCCCACAUCAAGACAUCACGGAGCCUCCACAUCAUGUGUCACAUCCCAGUCUUCUGCUGGAUCACUGCUACGGUCCUGGAGAACGUCCUGGAGAACGUCCUGGAAACCAGAAAGCGAAGGCAGCUGCCCAAGACCCUGACUGAGAUGUACAUCCACUUCCUGGUGGUCCAGGCCAAAGUGAAGAAAGUCAAGUACGACGGAGGAGCUGAGACGGAUCCACACUGGAGUCCAGAGAGCAGGAAGAUGGUGGAGUCUCUGGGAAAACUGGCUUUUGAGCAGCUGCAGAAAGGAAACCUGAUCUUCUAUGAACCAGACCUGAGAGAGUGUGGCAUCGAUGUCAGAGAGGCUUCAGUGUACUCAGGAGUGUUCACCCAGAUCUUUAGAGAGGAGAGCGGCCUGUACCAGGACCAAGUCUUCUGCUUCAUCCAUCUGAGUGUUCAGGAGUUUCUGGCUGCUCUUCAUGUCCAUCAAACCUUCAUCAACUCUGGAGUCAACCUGCUGGGAGAUCAACGAACAACUCACCCUUCUUCAACCGGUUUCUAUCAGACAACUAUGAACAAGACCUUACAGAGUCCAAACGGGCAUCAAACCUUCAUCAACUCUGGAGUCAACCUGCUGGGAGAUCAACGAACAACUCACCGUUCUUCAACUGGUUUCUAUCCGACACCUGUGGACUGGACCUUACAGAGUCCAAACGGACAUUUGGACUUCAUCAACUCUGGAGUCAACCUGCUGGGAGAUCAACGAACAACUCACUGUUCUUCAACCGGUUUCUAUCCGACAGCUGUGGACUGGACCUUACAGAGUCCAAACGGACAUCAGACCUUCAUCAACUCUGGAGUCGACCUGCUGGGAGAUCAACGAACAACUCACUGUUCUUCAACCGGUUUCUAUCAGACAGCUGUGGACACGACCUUACAGAGUCCAAACGGACACCUGGACUUGUUCCUGCGCUUCCUCCUGGGUCUUUCAGUGGAGACCAAUCAGAACCUUCUACGAGGUCUGAUGACAUCAAACCAAAUAAGAUCACAGAACAAUCAGGAACCUAUCAAAUACAUCAAGGAUAAGAUCAGUGGGGAUCUGUCUGCAGAGAUAAGCAUCAACCUGUUCCACUGUCUGAAUGAACUGAACGAUCGGUCUCUGGUGGAGCAGGUCCAAGAGUCCCUGAGGUCUGGAAGUCUCUCCACAGAUAAACUGUCUCCUGCUCAGUGGUCGGCUCUGGUCUUCAUCUUACUGUCAUCAGGAGAUCUGGAGGUGUUUGACCUGAAGAAAUACUCAGCUUCAGAGGAGGCUCUACGGAGGCUGCUGCCGGUGGUCAAAGCCUCCAAGAAAGUUCUACUGAGUGGCUGUCACCUCUCAGAGGACAUCUGUCCACUUCUGUCCUCAGUUCUCAGCUCUCAGUCCUCCCGUCUGACAGAACUGGACCUGAGCAACAACGACCUGCAGGAUUCUGGACUGAAGCAGCUGUGUCCUGGACUGGAGAGUCCACACUGUCACCUGGAGUCUCUCAGGUCAGGAUUCAUUCAAGUCUUUUCCAGGUCCAGAGAACAUGCUGCUAAACGUGUCUGCAGCAGGACACUUGAGCAUACAACAUGCAGCAGACCUGUGUUGUUUGUCUGCAGCAGGACACUUGAGCAGAGAACAUGCAGCAGACCUGUGUUGUUUGUCUGCAGCAGGACACUUGAGCAGAGAACAUGCAGCAGACCUGUGUUGUGUGUCUGCAGCAGGACACUUGAGCAGAGAACAUGCAGCAGACCUGUGUUGUUUGUCUGCAGCAGGACACUUGAGCAGAGAACAUGCAGCAGACCUGUGUUGUGUGUCUGCAGGCUGUCAGGCUGUCUGAUCUCAGAGGAAGGCAGUUCUUCUCUGGUCUCAGCUCUGAGCUCCAACCCCUCCCACCUGAGAGAGCUGGACCUGAGCUACAACCAUCCAGGGGAGUCAGCAGGGAAGCUUCUGUCUAGACUGGAGGAUCCCUGCUGGAGACUGGACACUCUCAGGGUGGAGCCUGCUGGGCAACGAUGGAUGACACCAGGAGGUCUGAGGAAGUAUUCCUGUCAACUCACCGUCGACACAAACACAGUCAACAACUACAUCAAACUGUCUGAUGACAACAGGAAGAUGAUGUUGGUGGAGGAGGUUCAGUCAUAUCCUGAUCAUCCAGACAGGUUUGAUUCUUGGCCUCAGCUGCUGUGUAGAGAAGUUCUGACGGGUCACUGUUACUGGGAGGUCCAGAGGAGAGGAGGAGUUUCUGUAUCAGUGAGUUACAGAAGAAUCAGCAGGAGAGGAAACUCUGGUGACUGUAGGUUUGGAGGAAAAGAUCAUUCCUGGAGUCUGGACUGUUAUCCAGGUUAUCAGUACCGUGUCUAUCACAAUAAAAGAGAAACAUUCAUCUCCUCCUUAUCUCCAUCUUCAGACUCUAACAGAGCAGCAGUGUACGUGGACGUUCCUGCUGGAACUCUGUCCUUCUAUGAAGUCGUCUCUGACAGACUGAUCCACCUCCACACCUUCAACACCAGCUUCUCUGGACCUCUCUGUGCUGGAUUUGGAUUCAGGUCCAAGUCCAGGUAUGAGUCCUCAGUGUCUCUGUGUCCAGUUUAGUCUCAGGAGUCUCCUGUCAGAGAAACUGUCUCUGCUGGAUCCUGGACUUGGACUCUGGUUCUGGUUCCUCAGUGUCUCCAUGAUGAUGAUGAUGAUGAUGAUGAUGAUGAUGAUGACGAUGACGAUGAACAAGAUAAUCACCAUUUAUCUUAAAUUUUUUGGUUUAUUCACUCACUCACUCAUCUUCUCCCGCUUUAUCCGUUACCGGGUCGCGGGGGCAGCAGCCUCAGCAGGGAUGCCCAGACUUCCUUCACCCCAGACACUUCCUCCAGCUCUUCCGGGGGGAGUCCGAGGCGUUCCCAGGCCAGCCGAGAGACAUAGUCUCUCCAGCGUGUCCUGGGUCUUCCCCGGGGUCUCCUCCCGGUGGGACAUGCCUGGAACACCUCCCUAGGGAGGCGUCCAGGAGGCAUCUGGUACAGAUGCCC